UUUAAUUUGAAAUUGCUUUAGUAAAUGUUGAAAUUAACACUAACCAAGGUAAAUAAGUGCUGUAAACUUACUGUUCAUUCAUACUAACUAAUGUAUUAACGCAUGUUAACGAAUACAACCUUGUUGUAAAGAGUUCCCCGUCCAUUAUACUGCAGUUUUCUACUAAGCAGCCUAUGCAAUGAACACAGUCCCCACCCCUAAAAGACAAACUUCAUGACGGGCUUUUAUUAUUCAAAUAAGUCUCAACAGGCGGAAUAGAGUCGAUCGGCUAUAACGGAGCAUACAGUCAGAACACAGCGCGCGGAGCAGGAGAUCAUUCAACACCCGCUCGUGGGAACCACCGAGAGUAUUGGAUCACCAGUGGGCUAUGGAGGAAAGUUGCCACCUCUCGCAAUAAAAGGACGCGUACGGAACUUUUAUUAAUAUCGAGCGCACUGGGGAAGAUUGGACCGGUCACUCGCCUUUCGCUCGUUUAUUUCUUGAUUCGGUGUGCUGUAGAGUUCGGGAGGGAGCUCUGGCUCAUUAUAUCGUAUCUAAAGCAGACGCGACGAGCCGCAGUCGUCUACCUGUUGAAAUCAUGAGUCAGGCGGACAUGACUUGCUCUGCGCGUCAAAGGGUGUUUCAGGAAGCGCUCAGGAAGGGCAACACCAAAGAACUUCACUCCCUCUUACAGAACAUGACAAACUGUGAAUUUAACGUCAACUCGUUCGGACCGGAGGGACAGACGGCGUUGCACCAGUCCGUGAUCGACGGGAACCUGGAGUUAGUGAAGCUGCUGGUGAAGUUUGGCGCAGACAUCCGACUGGCCAACAGGGACGGAUGGAGCGCGCUGCACAUAGCAGCGUUUGGUGGACAUCAAGACAUCGUUCUGUACCUCAUCACACGGGCGAAGUACUCAUCAAGCGCACUCUGAGGCAAUCAAAGACAGUCUGACACUGUACCUUAUGCCUUGCAUACAUUUGGUCCCUUUGUGCCAAAGCUUUGUGAUGUAACGUGCUUAUGAGCUUGUCUUGAAUUGAUAUGAGUCGGCACACAAUUCAAAUCCAAAAGGCAGUUGUAGGGAAUGUUGGUAAUGUAGGGCAAUGUUGCGUUGGUACAAUAUCUUGCCAACUUCUGAUGCAUGGUAAAAAUGAUCAUUGCAUUCACUGCAAAAAAUCAUUGUCUUAAUUUGAAUAGUUUUCCAGUAAAAUAAAAUAUGUAAACAUCCUUAAAACAAGAUAAAUCUACUUGACUAGCAAAUUGGAUAUUUUGUCAUGUUUUCAGCGAAAUCUAACUAAAUUUAGUGAGGUUUAUGCUUGAGACAAGAAAAACUAUUUGUCAGUUGGGUAAGAAAAAUAAGCUUAUUUCAAAGUGAAAACGAGUUUAUUUUUCGCACCUCAUGGCAGAUUUUUUCUUCUCGUUUUAAGCAUAUCUUGUAAUACAUUGAGUUACAUUUCUCUGAAAACAAGACUUAAUAUCUCAUGCCACUUUGCUUGUCAAGUACAUAUAUCUUGUUUUAAGAAUAUUUAGAUACUUUUACUGGAAAACAAGACAAAAAUACUAAUUAAGUAAAUGAGGUUUUGCAGUGUUAUUUAUAGAUUUUUGCAAAGGACAAACUGAACACUCAAAUCAAAGUAUAAAAGUGGACACUUGGUGGUCCAUCAAGAUGACUAGACUGACACAUGUGGCAUUAUCAUAUACAUUUAUGCAUUUGGCAGAUGCUUUUAUCAAAAGCGACUUACAGUGCAUUCAGGGUAUACAUUUGAUCAGUUUGUGUGUUCCCUGGGAAUCGAACCCAUGAUCUUGGUGUUGCUAGUGCCAUGCUCAACCUAUUGGGAUAGAUCUGUAGCUCAAUGUUCCUGUAGCUCAGUGGGUAGAGCAUUGCACUAUAUACUGAAGGUAGUGCAUAUAUAGUGCCAUGCACUACCAGUAGAGCAACAGGAACCCAGACCUAUACACACACACACAGACACACACACACACACACCCACCCACCAUCUGCAUGUUCUCUAAAACAGGGACUGAUGUCAGCUACCUCAACUGUAAUGCAUUUUUGCAUGGUGACAUUGCAACAAUGGUCAUCAAGGUUAGUAUCAUAUAGUUGACAUUUCAGGAUCUGUAGUUGAAUAUGUAUCAGUUUCGCUCCUCUUAAAUGGAAAUAUUCAAAUAACACUUCCAGACACUACCAAAAAGAACUGUAUUUUGGGACUGUCCAAUCAUCUUCAGGACUUUGCUACUGGUUUCUGAUUAGUUCCCAUUUCUAUUGAGUUCCUGACACUAAAGAGAAGCUCAUUUUAGAGAAACUGAAAUGGAUCUGUGAUAAGAGAUUGUGUUAUUUUCAGCUGAUAUCUAAAUGUCAGACUCCUCACAUUUCAAGCCCAAUUUUACAGUUUUGUCAUUCAGAUGUUGAGCAAAUCCAUAGAACGAUGACAUCUCACACAAGUCUAUAGACUGCACUGUAUCCUAAAGCAAAAAUAGGCCUUUUCUGCUUAGACCCCUUGCCAACUCAGGCAAGAUGUGUUAAGGUUUGAUUAUGUUGUGACUUUUGGAACGCUUGUUAUGAAGUGUCAUUCAAAGCCAGUAUGGAAUUAUGCAUCAUUACUUAUACUUGAGAAUGUUUUAACUAUUGCACUGAUGGCUGUUUUAUGACUUGUUGGUGUCAUGCCAACUUUUAAAGAUACUAUUUUUCUAAAUGGGAAAAGAAUUCUUAUUGUAUGGAAGCUCCAGGGUGGAUUUCACUCAUUCUUCGCAAAGGCAUUUAUAUGCCUAUGAAUUGAAAUAUGUUUCAUUUUGUUACACACUCUUCUUGAAUGUUCCUCUGUAUAUUCUAGACUUAUAAUAACUGUGUUAAACUUUAGCAGUGUUAACUGGGUGUCAUUUUGACCUGAUGGGGGAACAUACAAGUAGAGUGUCUAGAAAAAACUCUUGGAGCACCUCCUAUCUGACGUCCCAUCCUCCUCUUUUUAAGGGGGAUGCUACAUAGUAAAACCAGUGUAACAAGAAGUUGCACAAUGCAAGUCUUUACUUGAUAAUGCCAUAACAUUUAUGACAUGAAAGUAAAAGUAACUUCUUUGAGAUAAAAGUGAAAUGACUGAUUUUGUUUGGACCAACUUUUGAUAUAUUAUUUUCAUCAAAGAAAAGUUUGUGGAAGAGGCCUACAAAUUGGACUCUCAUUAUGUUUUUGUCUUUUGUGAAUUGUUACUUUGUUGUGUUUAUAUAUAUAUCUGUUUAGCUGUUCGUUUAUGUUUGAAAUGCUGUAAGUGGUCAUAUUUUAGAGAUAUUACUUGCUGUAUUUUGAACUUUUGUACAAAGGCAUUUUUUAUAUUAAAUUUUGUGGUUUUAAGAAA